UUGCUUGUUUUACUGUUGCGCGACGCGAUUUUAAGUCUCUGAGAAACUAUCUGUCACUUGAGUUCAAAACUUUGUACUUGGUUGUAGUCAGCUUUUAAGUGGGACGUCAGACGAUCAUCGCUUUCUUUUCCAUCUGAGUGAUCCUCAUCAGUCUCUUGUGUUCUUAUCCUCUCUCUCUUGAGUGAUACUUGCACACUCGAUCUAAAGCGGCCUCUUUUUUAGACAACUUUUUUUUUUUGUCUGAAUCCAACACAUUUUUGCAAGUUCCACAAGAGUCUCGGUUUAAUCCCUUCCCCUAAAUGGUUAAAUGGUCGAGAGCUUUAGCAAACUCAAUCUCUGGCAUUUCAAUAGAAAAAAUAUAACUGGACCGGCAGAACUUUUUACUGUCACUAGAGUGGUAUCGAACCUCUUAAACACUUCUUGCAAACUCCAAGAUCGUUUUUUAUUCUUAGUUUGUUAUUUCCCUUUUAUAUUACUGUGUUAUACAAAAUUCUAAAAUAAUUUUAAAUUCAAGAAAUCAAAAAUGUAGUUUUGCGAAAAAUGGAAUUCUAUUGUUUUUAAUUACCUUUUGUUAAUUCCCCAUUUUAAUUUUCAAUUUUGUUUGUUAGAGAUAAACCUGAACAUACUUUUAAAAAAUUUCCUGUAUAUUAAUUAUUUUAAAAGAAUAAGAUUUUUUUAUUGUAAGAAAAAAAAUUCUUUACAGAUAUAUAUACAUAUAUAUGAUUUGAUCUUGGAUAAAUAUCAUGGCGAACAAAUAAUAUAAAAUUAUUUGAGAUAACUGUACUAAGAUUUCUUAAAGAUUUUAAAACAUCUAAUUAUCAGAUUUACUGAUUUUCCUAGAGAAAAAAAUGGAAAACUUUUAAAAACAGAGAAAGGAAAAUAGUGGGAGGCUUGGUUUCCAAGUAAGUUAAAAAGGAAGAGUUUCGAAACAUAAUAGUACCCAAUUAGGAGUCUGAGCUCUUUAGCCUUUACCCUCUCUUUAUAAAACCACAUCGGAUUAAUCUCUAAUAAUUAUCAUCCUCUCCUCUUUCGUUUUCUUUUGAGACCCUAAACUAUGUCGAGAAAGAGAGAGGAAAACACAGAGGGUAUGUAUUACGAUGAUCAUCUUGCGGCUGCGGAGAAAGAGAUAAGCUCGAGAAAUUUCUGUACCUUGGUUGAUGCGGCCGUCCUGUUAUAUGAAGAAGAAGCAGAAGCAGAAGCAGACCGUAUAUUAAAAUCAGGGACUCUGUCUGUAAAAGAAGAAGACAUCGAGUAUGAAUUUUUCAAUGCCUUCCCAAGGAAAAGAAGGAGCCCCCCGAAGAAAUUUCUCCGGUCACAAAGCCAUGAAACCCUUAAUGAAGCUUCUACUUCUUCAUCACUUUUCGACCUUAACAAGACCCCAGAUGAUUCUGAGACAGAAGAAGCCCCAUCGAACCCUCUUCAGUGUUUUUAUGUAUCUGCUCAUCCUUCUUCUUCAACCCUAACAGAGAAGACAAACCGCAAGAGACGUGCCCGGCAAGAAAAGCGUAACACUGGUGGUAAAUCCAAGAAAGUUAGGGCUCCUCCUUUUUCAUGGAAAGGUAGAGCUACUCCGGAGUGGCUGGUCAGUUUACUGGAAGCAAUGGCAGCAACGAGAGGAGAGCUUGUAACCGAAGGCCCGUGGCUCAUCUUUGAGAAGAAGCUGACCAGUACAGAUGUCGACCCGGCACAGAGCCGUCUCUUAUUGCCUUUCAACAGCCUAAUCCGUAACGACUUCUUGACUCCCGUGGAGUUGAGAAUCGUAGCAGAGCAUCAAGAUGGAAAGAACGGAGUUGGGGCGAUGCUAGUGGAUCAGCACAAGAAAAAGUGGGGUUUGAUUUUGAUGAGGAGGGAGAUGUUGAAAGGAGCAGGGAAUGGAACCUUGAACUAUGCUUUGAUCUGUGGGUGGAACGAUGUCGUUCAGGGUAAUGGUUUGAAAGAAGAUGACGACGUCAGUGUUUGGUAUUUCAGGUGGCGCGAACGUCUCUGCUUUGCCCUUGUUCUUCCUCCUCCUCCUCACAUGGCACACAGUAGCUCAUCUCUUGAUCUCUCUGUCUGAAAUGUUUAUCAUGUCUGUGAUCUAUGUCAAGGGAUUGUUGAGGUUUUUCUUCGAUUUGUCACUAGGAGUGUGAUCUGUUGUUUUAGAUCUUUGCUAUUGUAUGAAGUUAACAAUUUAAUAUGAAUCUGGUAUCUUAUUUUGCUCUGCUUUAGUUACUGCAUUGAUUAAUUUAUUCUUUUCAUUUCUCGAAGGAUAAACCUGUAUGGUGGAAUUAAUCUGAUCUCUCUAGUUUCAAAGAAAACCCAUCGAACAAGAAAGUGGCAUAGUUAUAUAUAUUGGGGAUGCAUCUGCAGAAUUUUUGGGACCAUUUAGUGUCUCCUAACGUCCGCCAAACAACACCUUAACUAUGGUAAACGACAUUUUAACCAUUUUGUAGAACUUUACAACGUUCAAUCAGUAAGAUAACGAGUAUAAAUUAAUAAACAAUAUAAAUUAAUAAAUUCUAUCAUUUCUGAAAUAAACUAGUAUUAAAUAUAGCACAAUUCGAUAAACAAUAAGAUAAUAAAUUGUGAAUUUUUUUAUAUAAAUAUAUGGUACUAAUAUAAACAUAAAUUAAUAGCUAAUAUAUUUAUAUAUACAACAUUUAUAUAAAUAUGAAUAAACAUUUUACAACUUAUUUUUUAUUUAUAAUUAAGUACAUCUUUAACUUUUUAAGCACUUCAAAAUAUUUUGAAGUUAUUUUGUCGAUUACACCUGAAAAUGCAUCUACGUUUUAUAGUACAUAUUUUCUACAUAUCAAAUAAUCAAAUGAGAACACUAUAAAUUUAUAUCUGUAAAUAGAAGUCAAUUUAUAUACCGUAAAAAUCAGUUAUUUUCCUAUUUUAAAAUAAAAAUAUAUUUUUAAUUUAUAAAUCAUAAAAAAUCUUUAGAUUCAUAAAAUAUAAUAAUCCAAACUUUUAUAAUUUAUGGAUUACUAUAUAAACAAAACGAGAAAAACAAUGCAUUCUAGAGAGAAUGACGCUAGGGCUAGGCAAAAAAAUCUGAAUAUGAAGAACCCAAAAAGAAAUACAGAAUCCGAUGAGCUGGUUGAAUUUUCAAAUGGGUUAAAAAAUUUGGUAUCUAAAGAACUAGAACUGAAUCCGAUACGAAUCCAAUUAUUUCGGGUAUCCGAAUAGAUUGGAA